AUGGCGACCACUACGAAGACGGGCGAGAAGAGCGGGGCGGUGAAGCGAUUCCGCAAGAAUGCCUACGCGCCCGUGGCCUCCAAGCUGUGGGCCAUCCACGGCCAGUACUACGAUCUCGCCAGCUUCAUCGAUUCCCACCCGGGCGGAUCGGAGAUGCUGCUCCUCGGCCGAGGGCGCGAUUGCACAGAGAUGUUCGAAUCGGUCCACGCCCUGUCGAAGCGUAACGUGCACGCCCUCCUGGCCAAGUACAAGGUGGAGACGCCCGAGGGAGCGCCCCCGCCCCCCGUCGAGCUCUUCGCCUGGCAGCCGGAUGGCUUCUACUCGGUCCUCUCGCAGCGGGUGCGCAAGCAUUUCGAGCAGACCGAUGGUAACUACAAGGCCACAACGGCCUACUGGUUCAAGGUGACCGCCUUCUUCGUGUCGUGGCUGGCCCUCAUCUCCUACGCCUACUCCAUCGGCUCUCUCUACGCGGGCCUCCUCGCCGGCUUCGUCAUGAACAUGAUCGGCUUCACAGUCAUGCACGACGGCUCGCACUACGGUAUUAGCAAGAACCCGUUGGUGAACAGAGUGCUGCACACGCUGUGGAGCGACUGGAACCUGUGGUCACACUUCCUCUGGCUGCGCCACCACACCUACGGCCACCACUCGUACACGGGCGUCUACAGGCGCGACCCCGAUCUCGUGAACGGCCAGGUCUUCUUCCGCAAGCACAGCGAGAGCCCGUUCCAGGCGCAGCACACGCAGCAGUGGUGGGUCACCUACGUGCUGCUGUGGUUCUUGCCCAACCAGCACGUCGGUCAGUCGCUCCUCUACCUCCGCGCGUGGAUCGUCAAGACUGUCUUCGGCGUGCCCCUCGAGCGCAUUUCGGCCAUCGACCUGCUGGCGAGCACGGCCAUCUACGUGCCCUCGCUCUACUUCCACCUCGUGCUGCCCUUCCAGCUCCUGCCCACGAGCGCCGCGUUGACCAUGAUGGCCCUUUACUGGAGCGGCCAGGGCCUCGGCUACGCGCUCAACAUCAUUCCCAACCACGACACCUACGAGACGCACUCGCUCGUGAGCGUCCCCUCGAACGGCCUGCGCGACUGGGGCGAGCAGCAGCUGCUCGGCAGCGGCAACCACACCACCGACGGCGGCCUGUGGAGCACCAUCGUGGCCACGCUCUGGGGCGGCAUGAACUUCCAGAUCGAGCACCACCUCUUCCCCUCCGUCUCGCAUGUGCAUUACCCGGCCAUCUCCAAGAUCGUCCGCGAGACGUGUGCCGAGUUCAACUUGCCCUACACCACCCACUCGUGGUUCCACGCCAUCCGCUCCUUCGGCAAGAUGCUCGUCGCCCUCUCUCUGCGCUCCUCCUACCGUCCCUCCGAUGCGCCGCCGCCCAAGCAGCGCAAGCAGGACUAA